CAGCGUUAAAUCACCUUAAUUCAAAAUGGCGACUGCAACAGGAGAAGAAGAGGAAGGCGAUACACUGUCGAACAAGUGGAUAACACAGUCAGUUAACCCAUCCACAUCAAUAAAUAUACCCAAAAAGCAACUAUUCUGGAAAACUGAAAGGUCUAAUUUACUGAAUAUUUCAAAAUUAUGCAUCAAAAACCUGAUAGAAUCGGCCCUUGAGUUGGCUAAGGUUAUUGGAGCUGACCACGAACCGUUUCAACAGUUUUUUGUUGUGAUUGAGAACGUUUUACGCCAUGGUUUGAAACUAAAACGCAAUAUUCUUGGCCAAAGACGUGAUUAUUGGGGACCUCUAGAAGUAAUAGACCGUAUUUCACCUGAUGCAUCUGAAAUUACUCGAAGUGUGAAAAAUCUACCUGGAAUCAAAACUAACUAUGGCAGGGGUAGAGCUUGGGUCAGACUUGCUCUGAUGCAGAAAAAACUGGCUGAUUAUGUUAGAGAUUUAGUAGAAAAUAAAGAAUUUUUGUCUGAAUGGUACGAUAACCAUGCAUUACUCAUGCAGGAGGAAGGAGCUGUGAUAUCUGGCUUAUUAGUUGGCAUUAAUGUUAUUGAUUGUAACUUUGAUCUCAAGGGAGAUGAUCUCGACACUUGGUCAGGAGUCUUAGAUCUUGGUCUUUACCUCAAGGAAGGCAAUUACCUGGAGAAGACCAGCAUUACUGAUGACAAUAAGUCAAGUUCUGAAAACACUACAGAUCUUACAGUACUAAUAGAUCAGAAAACAUACCUGGAAGAGGUCAACAAAAAUUUAAGUUCUACAGUUUCUGAUCUUCAAGCCAAGGUGAAAGGAUUACAGCAAAACAACCAAGAACUCACAGAUGAGUUUGAAAAUUAUAAGAAAACUAUGGAGACUGUGGCCAAUGAAAGGGAUGUGCUUAAAACAGAGAAUGAUAAGAUGAACCAAUUAAGUGCAAAGAAAAUCCAGCUUGUACAGGCUGACAUAGAUGUGGAGAGAGAAACAUAUAACAAGUCAAGGGAAGGAUUAAAUGAAAUGUUGGAUGCCGCACAGAAACAACUGGAUUUGGAGAUGCAACUGAGAAAGGAAACAGAGCGAGAGUUAGAGAUGGUUCGUAUGAUGAAAGAAGAAAGCGAGGUGGCCAUGAGGUUACUAGAGAAGGAUAUUCACGAUAAACAAGAUACUUUGAUUGUACUCAGAAGACAACUGGAUGAUAUCAAGAAGAUUAACCUUGACCUUCAUGGAAAGCUACAGUCAUGCGAGGCUUCUGGAAGACAGCACAUGGAAAAAUGGUCAGAACUGGAAGAAAAAUGUGCCCGAUACGCUAACAAGAUCCAGGAACAAGAAAGAUUAUUACGAGCCAGUGUAGAAGAAAAGUUAGAAAUGUCACAUAAAGUUGAAGAAAUUGAGAGCAAGCUUGCAGACAGUGAAAGUAGCAGACUAGCCUUAGAAACCAAUUUAAAAAUCGAACGAGAAUGGCGAAUGAACCUACAAGAAGAAUUACACAAGGAAAAAGAGAAAGUCGGUGCCAUGCAACAGACGUUAAACCAGUACGAAAACCUAAAAAAGGAAUAUCAAGCUCUCAUAGAGAGGCAUGCUGCUUUGAAGAAGAUCCAUUGUGAACAAGAGACGGCUCUAGUAGAAAUGGGGUCUCAUCUCAGCAAUUCUCAGUUGAAGGUCGAAGAAAUGAAAGAGGUAACGAAGACAAUCAAGGACAUGAAGUGGACGGAUGACAAAGAGGCUCUAAUCUGUCAGUUAUGUGAACAACCUUUCUCGCUAUCAAGACGCAAGCAUCACUGUCGUAACUGCGGAGGCAUAUACUGUAAUACUUGCUCUAAUAAUACUAUGCCGUUACCUUCCUCUGCUAAACCAGUCCGUGUGUGUGACACUUGUCACGAUACUCUACUGAAGAGAUAUCAAAGAUGAUAUCUACACCAUAUUUUUACAGUACUUCUCAGUAGAGCAGUUUUCGUAUGACUGCGAAAAGUUCAUUGCCGUAAGCGUGCCGUGACCGUGAUAAUUUCUGGAAUUCUAAUUGGCUGAUUUUUUUUCUCACGCAAUGUUAUUGGUCUGGCGUAAGCCUUGCCGUGUCACGACCGUGUUUAUGCCGUGAGCUUUUCACAGUCAUACGAUAACUGCUCUAGCGCGAAAUCCCCGAUACGACGAUGUUGGCUUUGGUGAACGUCGAUCAAGGCCCUUGAAUAAUGUCUAUCCCGACAUUGUCAUGGCAACACUUUGAUUGACGUCCACCAAAACCCUAUUUUAUACGAUCCCACGCGUGUGUUUGAGAAGUAUUGUGAUAUUGCUUAUCCGCACGUCACUCAAAAUGUUUUACUAAUUCUUACAAAAUGCUACUUAAAAAUAUAAAAAAUACACUUGUGCCGCUCCCAUCAAACUUAUUCAACCAAUUCAAAGCGUAGAGUAGUCUAAAUAGAAAAAGUUUCAAGGGGUAGUAGAUGGAAAAUAUUUGCCAGAAAUAGUUAUAUGGGAGAUAAAAAAUAAUCGGGUUGGUUACAAAUCGGUGCUAUUCUUUAUAAUGCUGUCUAAGGUUUUCAAAUUUUCAAGAUAUUAUUAAUGAUUAUUAGACAUCAUUAUUUACUAUCGAUCCAUGCACCUAUGCAAAACUGCAUUCUUGAUUAUUAGACAUUAUUAAUAAUUAUUUACUGACGAUCCAUACACCUAUACCAACCAGCAUUCUUUAAUUUAGCUUAUAAGUAAAGUAAAUUUAAAAAAAUAAUAUUUCUAAAGCACAUUCUUUAAAAGCAUGUGUGUGUUUUUGUUGCGCUUAUGUCAGUCCACUAUGAAUACUCUUAAUACUGUUUACGAAAUUUCUUUUUUAAUAUCAUACGAUUAUAUGGAUAUAUAAAAAGGUGAUCAACUGCGCAUACUCUAGUGUGAUUUUAAAACGAGUCUAAGCCAUAGCCUGGGAAUUCUGUUGAUACCCAAGCUAUGCCUUUACUUAACUGUUACCAGUUCUCAUGCUUGCUAGCUGAAAACAUCUCUCUUAUAAAUUAUUUUAAAAAAUUGGUUCUUAAAAGUAGUUACUAAAAA